CAUUCCACGGGAAGCCAGUGCCUUUCUUUCUCUAGGCUGCUGUUUGUAGAAGGAACAUAUUGCUCUCUGCUUCGCUGGAAAAACACUCAAAGGUGUGAGGCAAACCCUUGCCCUAGCUUGGACUUCUAGGGACUUUUCUCUGGGGAAAGAAGUUUGAUUUUAAUCAGAAAUACCUCUGGAAGAUUCAGGAAGUCCCAGACGUGAAACAGGUCUGUGGAGGACUGACAUGGGAAUCCUGUACUCUGAGCCCAUCUGCCAGGCAGCCUACCAAAAUGACUUGGGUCAACUGUGGCGGUGGGUAAGAGAAGACAGCCACUAUAUCAACAUUCAAGAUGGCUUCAAUGGAGACACUCCGCUCAUCUGUGCUUGUAGGCGAGGGCACGUGAGAAUUGUUUCCUUCCUUUUAAAAAGGAAUGCUAACGUCAACCUCAAGAACCAGAAAGGGAGAACCUGCUUGCAUUAUGCUGUGAAGAAAAGAUUUACCUUCUUUGAUUACCUACUCAUUGUCCUCUUAAUGCCUGUCCUGCUCAUUGGCUAUUUCCUCAUGGUAUCAAAGACAAAGCAGAAUGAGGCACUUGUACGAAUGCUACUUAACGCUGGGGCUGAGGUUAAUGCUGCAGACUGUUAUGGCUGCACUGCACUGCACUACGCCUGCAGGAUGAAAAACCAGACUCUCAUCCCCCUGCUUCUGGAGGCCCACGCAGAUCCUUUGAUAAAGGACAAGAAUGGUGAGAGCUCACUGGACAUUGCGCAGAGACUAAAAUUUUCCCAGAUUGAAUUAAUGCUAAGGAAAGCGUCAUAACCCUGUGACCUCACAAGUGGAGAUGUAACAAAGUCAAAGGACUGGAUUCCAUUUCCAUCGUGGACUACAGGUCUGCAGGCCACCUAACGUGGAUACCUCCAUCAUGGGAUAAUCAUGACUGCUAUGGUUAAUGCUUUUGAAGAGACUUUAUAAUCUUUUUUGCUCAAUGGAUUUUACCAUCACCAUAAUGGUUCUAGGAGAAAUAGUAAAGUUAUUGGAGUCUCUUGCUGGGUCAAAAACUGGUAUUUCAAAUUCAGGCUUUCCUGAAGAAAAGGAGGAGCAGUUAACUGAGAUAGAUUCUUUUUUUCCAGUUGUGUUAGGCUUACUAAGGGUCUGUCUUGUCUACACCAUGCCAAGGAGAAAAAUUUGCCCCUUCCAGAUCCUGUUAAGUAAAAAUAGGAGAAAUCUAAGUGUGUACAUUUAUGUCAAAUGGUACGUAUACAUGUGAAGUCCAGAGACUCCAAUGUAAAUAUGCCUUCGAUAAAACAACUUAAAUAAAAGUGUUUGUCAGUUGUGGAAGGUGGGUAUGUUUAGACAGAAAUGGAAAUGAGCAAACAUCACAAAGCAAAGCUAUUUGUGGAAACCUGGCUUAUCGGCAUACCACUAGAGACAGGAGUUAACGUACAAAUGAAAGCUACCUUGGUUUCAACUAGACAUGUAACUAUCAAAAUAUCUGUAAAAAAUAUCCUUAAGGGGCUGGGGAUGUAGCUCAGUGGAAGAGUACAUGCUUAGCUUGUGCAGAGACCUGCCAUUGAUCUCCAAUACUGAAAAUUAAAAGAAAAGAUUGUAAUCCUCUUGUAAAUGCCAAGAGGCUACUACAUUUGCUAGUUUUGUUGAUUUUAUUGUAAAGUUCUUUUUGUGUGUAUGGUGUUGUGGGUUGAACCUGGGCCUUGCCUAGUAAAAAUGCAGUAUAGCAUGCCAGCCCCAGAUAUGUUUAUUUUUGUUGACAAAAUAAUAUUAUAACUUAUCUGAAUAAAGCCCGUCACAAAAGACAGAAAUAUAGUAAUUAAAAUAUAAUUGU